AGAGGAAGGAGUGAGGGGGGUUAGAAGAUGAAGUCCAGGCCCCUCCCCCGGGGCGAGGCUUGAGAGCUCCUGCGGACGGGUGGGUAGGCACACCCGCCACACAGCUGAGUGGAGCGAGAGGCCUGCGCUGGUAUAGCCAGGCGCUAGGCGCUCUCGCCUCGCGGGGUUAGUGAGUGAGCGUAAAAGUGAGAGUGAGCGAAAAAGCGAGAGUGAUAGUGGGCGAACAAGUGAGAGUGAGUGAGUGAGUGAGUGAGUGAGUGAGUGAGUGAGUGAGUGAGUGAGUGAGUGAGUGAGUGAGUGAGUGACAAUGCUCCAUGGUCUGGUGGUCCGGCCGCGAGCUGACCGUGGGGGCUUUGCUCUUCUCUUGCAGGUGACGCCCGAGCGGGGCGGAGCGGGGGCGGCCCGAGGGGCGGCUAGCGGCGGUGCCUGUGGGCGGGGCAGGCGGGGCCCGGGGACGGCGCGAUGCCCAAGCCCACGCCGGUGGAGGACCUGAUGAUCCCGCCGCAGGACAACAAGAUCUGCGGGGUGAUCUGCCUGUGCCAGCUGACGGCCGUGCUCAGCUCGGUGGCGCUCGUCUACCUGUCCGUGGCCGUGUACAUGCCGUCGCUGCGCGCCUUCAACUCGGGCGUGGGCGAGGUGCCCGUCAUGUGCACCACGACCCGCGCGCUGAACCGCGACAGCUGCGACUGGGGCACGUGCGGCGAGUGGUGCCUCAGCAAGUCCUCGGGGGCGUGCAUCCAGAUCCACGUGUCGCUGCGACGAAACGGCUCCAGCCUGCUGUUCGCAAACUGCAGCCACACGGCCAACAAGACGUGCUACGGCAUCGACCAGGAGAACGCCAAGAAGAGCCGCUGCAUCGCCGACGAGUGCAAGAACCUGACGGGCACCUUCAACUGCACGAUGGGCACGUGCAUCAACAUCACGGACGCGUUUAAGUGCGAGUUCAGCGAGACAGACCCGCCGCUCAAGUGCUCCGGGCGGCGCGGCAAGAUCACGUGCAUCGAGAUGGACGGGCUGCAGAACUGCCACCGCGGCAUGUGCGAGCGCAUCCGCCCGCCCUACAACUGCGACCGGCGCUGCGUGGACAUCCCCACGCGCAACAAGAACACCAUCAUCCUGAGCGGGGACAAGGUGUACCUGUCGCGCUGCCAGCGGGCCGUCGUCAACGACUCGGACCAGGAGGUGUGGCACAGCCGGCAGGACAACAUCCUCAUGGCGAGCUGCCACACCAUCCUCAACACGACGCGCGGCGUCGAGGCCACAGACUGCAUCAACGGCACGCUCCUGGACAAGAGCGCGCUCACCGACCUCACCAACUUCACGUACCUGUCCCACCUAAGUGUGUGGAACCCUGUUCCGCUGGACGAGACGCGGCAGGUGGCGCCGCCCGAGCAGGACCUCGUCAUCGCCAACGAGUCCAAGCUCCUAAUCAACCUGGAGGGCUGCGUCAACACGCUGCGCGACGAGUGCCGCGAGUUCCUGCGCGACUACGGCAAAGACGGCACGGACCACAACGCGCGCGCGCGCUUCCCCUGCUUCUACGCCGAGUGGAACACGGAGAUGGUCGUGGCGCGCUUCGACCUCGAUGCCACGUACCGCGAGUUCGUCGUGGCCUCGGUGCUGCCCUCCGUCCUGUUCAUCAUCUCCUGCCUGACGCUGCUGCUCUGUCAGCGCACCGUCGAGGUGGGCGACGACGCCAAGAUGCGCUUCAAGUGCUGCGGGACCUCCAUCGCCAUCAGCAAGGACGGCUCCCUCAGCGCGCUCGACACGGGCGGCCCCGACCCGUCGGCCCUCUGAGACCCCUCACGUAAGCGCGCCAGAUAAUCCUGCUUGGGACGCCAAAUAUCUGUUUUAAUGUACACUGUGUCACCGGAAACAAUCGGAUAUCGUGCUCGCCGCAACGAGUCGCGGACGCGCGAAAACACAAACACAGCGUGUCUGAGUCACUUGUGGCAAGGCCUUCGUAGAUCGAAAGCAAGAUAGUCUAGAGUAAUAGCAACAAUAUUUUUGAAAAGACACAAAAAACGUUAACAAUUCUUGUUAACCAUAAACGGACCCUUAGUAAAGAAAAUUUUCUAUUUUAUAGUUUCGAGCAAUAUUUUUUUAAUAUAGAAGUUCGCGCCGCGUCAUAGCGCCCUCUCACUUGUACAAUCUAUUUUUCGACGCCAUGUAGGCAUUUCAUGCAAUUGAAGUUAGUGAUUUUGAAGUUGGGAUUAUUAAGAUUUGCGGCAAAAAUAGUACGGAAAUGGCGUAGACAGCGUACA